AGCGACUAAACAUAUCUGUCAGAAUUUUGAUAAAUAGCGUCCUUUGAUUCGGUCUUCUUCGCGGACAGACUGAAACAACUUCAGGCUGAUUGUGAUUUAUUUUUAAUUUAUUUUAUUUUUUUAUUUUCUUGCUUAAAGAGCCUCAGCAUGAAGCACUCCCAAUCUAAACCUGUAUCAAUAAUAAUACAAAUUGUGAAGUAGCACUAAUUUUAUUUUUAAAGCACUGAAGAUAGACUUUAAGGUAAUUAUUUUCUCAUGUAAUAUAAUGUUAUAUUGAUGCAUUUGUGUAUGAAAGAUGUGGAGUCCAGUACGAUAGUGUUUAUUGUUUAGCCGCCAGGCCUCUUUGUGAUUUAUAAUCCGUCAGAGAUGCUGUUCUUUCCCGAUUUAGUGGCGAUUAUUUGCGGAGACGUAUAUGUUUGCUUAAAUAAGAAGGACAUGCUAGAAUUCAUUGUCUAUCCGGGAAAUCAUCACACAGCCCAGUUACUGACGUGAAGUAUUGCGGGAAUAAAUGCAUGUUGGAUCCUGACAAUUCUACAACAAUUAAAACAAAAACAACAAUAUCAACAAAACAGCUUAAGUAGUACACACACACACAGAAAAAAAUGGCAUCGAUCCAAAAACAACAUUUCAUUGAUGUCAAAAGCCCCACAAUACCCACUCGUUUAGUAAUGGAGCGUUCUGAUCGUGGAUCUAUCCAUAAAGUGUCUCGAACUGCUGGAGAGGGAUGACGGUGAUCUGCAUCGUUGUAAAUCAUGCUCAGUAAUUCCUGAAAGGGCGAGAGGCUGUUGGGGGCCGGGCGUGGACUGUAAAUCUUUCACUUUUAUUAGCCCGUGAACAUAUGCUGCAAGGGGAGAAGACUCGCAUCCUCUCCUCAGGACAAGCCUGCGCUCGGCCGCGUUCCCAACCGUUUCAUCUCCAUCUUCCCAUCCAGCUACACAUCCAUGCAGCACAACCGUAGAACAAGCAUUCUUAUUCAGAUAACAUAUAACAUAACCGACCUGCUUUUAACCUCUCAAAUUCUGUUUUAUGGGUAUUUGCAUUUGUACUUUAGAAGCAAUUGGAAAACAGAGUGUUAAAAAAAAAGGUUAAAAAAAAGUAUUUUAAUACACAACUAGUAAAGAUAUAGGCACCGAAUACCCAAUUUUACAUUUCAUGCUUGCAUAUUGAUCAAUACACACUCUUGCUUUUUGAGAAGAACAAUAUAGAAUUUGGGAUGAUUUUGAUGAAUCUCUUUGGUUGAGGAGGUCAUACAUUGCUGUCAUUGCCUAAACCAUAAUAGUCAAACAAUAUUUCAGUGGUUUCUUGUAGCCUAUAAUAAACGGAGUUCUGUUCUAAACAGUACCGAGCAAAGAGGAACAAAUAUAUAUUUGAUCAUCUUCAUUAAAUUAAAUUAAACUAAAAAUGCAUAAUGAUGUUGCUUUUUUUGCAACGGUCUAAUCCACACGACUAUUACACUGCGUUUAAUGUAAAGAAUUAAAAUGAACAAAAAGGUGAAGAUGUUCAGUGAGUCAUUGGGGUGUGAAGAAAACUAAAGCAAAUGUUUCACAGAUUAUCCAGUUAUUUGUCUUUCAAAUAAAGACAACCCAGUGCUACAACCUUUUUUUUUUUGGCUUCAUUUGAAUAUUGGUUUUAUUAUUAUUUUAUUAUGCCUGGGUUUCAAAUCCAUAAUAAAUAGCAAUGUAGCUUUUUUCUUAACGAUACACUCCGAUACAGUGGCUGAGGAAGGAGCGAGUUCUUGUGCAAAAUGAUUGUACAAUGAUGCGAGGCUGGAGGGAAUUUUAGUGCUCUUGCUCUUAAAAAUGUAUUUGUGAGGUGAGGCUGGUUGGAGUAACAGUCUCAAUCAGGACAAUCUGCGAUCCGGAUCACGUGAACAAAUAUGCCUGUAUUUUAAGGCAGCGCCUUUAUUUGUCAUGAUAAGGUUUCCGAAAUAUACUAAUGUUGACUCAUUUGGCGAGCCUGCCUCUGUAAAACGUUCACUUUUUUUCCAAAUGGGAAGUUGAUUGCAAGUAAUAUUUCGUUUUGGAAUAAGAAGACCUUCUUGGCUUUUUAUUGGUAGCUGAGUGAGUGGCUCCCAUUCUUUCGGGAAUACUGUCUGCAUUGGUAUAUGGAAAUGCCUGGAAAAGCGCGAGAUCAGUUUUAAGACAGUACUGUCUAUAGACAAAGGGUGAAGGAUAUAUCCCAGCAGCCGAACUGAGAGAUAUUGAGACUAAGAAGCACAGCUGUAAUAAAUUGACAUCACAGGUCGCCGUCUAAAUUAUGAAGAUCGCUUGAGGAGAAACAGAGGAGAGAAAACCACAGACUGCGGUCAAAGGACAGAAAAUCUGUGGGAAGCUCCUAUCACGUGAUUGACAAGUCCAUGCAACUGGACAGGGGUUCACAGGCUCUCUUAGUUUGAACCUUCGCAAUGCAGAAAGCCACUUAUUAUGACAAUGCUGGACUUUUCGGAGGAUAUUCGUACCCUAAAUCUGACUCCUAUACAUACGGUCCUACACACCAAGGAUUCUCAUCCUCCAGCAUGGAGAACGACUUUCAAAAUCCAAUCUGUCCCAUCCAAACCACGUCAAUACGGCCACCAGCACAUAAAAAUGGAGACAUCAGUGGCAGCUGUAUGCGACCGAGUGCCAGCCAGGGCAACAGCCAAACAGAGAGUAUCAGUGAGCAGCAGCAGGCAGCUCCUUUAGCAGCCAGCUCACCCAGCCCUAACAGCAGCUCCACACAAAAAAAGAAAUCUCCCAGCACCACUGGCUCCAGUACUGCCACCCCAGUCAUAGCCAAGCAAAUCUUCCCUUGGAUGAAAGAGUCACGCCAAAACGCAAAGCAGAAAAACACCAACUGCCCAGCUGCAGGAGAAACCUGCGACGACAAGAGUCCACCCGGCCCUGCCUCGAAACGAGUGCGCACUGCCUACACCAGCGCCCAGCUGGUUGAACUGGAGAAGGAGUUUCAUUUUAAUCGCUACCUGUGUCGGCCCAGAAGAGUGGAGAUGGCUAAUCUGCUCAACCUCACCGAGCGCCAAAUAAAGAUCUGGUUUCAGAACAGGAGGAUGAAGUACAAAAAAGAUCAGAAAUCUAAAGGCAUAAUGCACUCUCCCUUAGGACACUCUCCGGACAGAAGCCCGCCGUUAAGUGGCUCGAAUCACAUUGGAUAUUCUGGUCAGCUUCCAAACGUAAACGGCCUAAGCUACGACGCGCCAUCUCCUCCGUCCUUCGCCAAACCGCAACAGAACAUGUACGGCUUGGCAGCCUACACGGCGCCACUGGGCGGCUGCAUACCGCAACAGAAAAGAUACCCGGGAGCAGAGUACGAGCACCACAGCAUGCAGGGGAAUGGGAGCUUUGCAAAUGCCAAUUUACAAAGCAGCCCUGUUUACGUCGGGGGAAACUUCGUUGAUUCAAUGCCAGCGUCGGGCCCAAUGUUCAACCUCGGUCAUCUUCCCCAUCCCUCAUCCGCUAGUGUGGACUACAGCUGCGCGGCUCAGAUCCCGGGUAACCACCACCACGGACCGUGUGACCCCCACCCCACAUACACAGACCUCAGCUCUCACCACGCGUCUCAGGGAAGGCUGCAGGAUGCACCCAAACUCACGCAUCUGUAA